AUGGCCAUGCGACGCCCAUCACGUCCAGCAGAUGCCGUCCCUCUCCCUCAAUCCUCACCGCGUUCCCCAAUCCCCAGCGCGGCAUUGCUGUGGCUGUGGGCGGCUCUACUCCUGCACCUCACGGCGCCGGCCGCGAGCAAGCCGGCGGCGGUGGUGGCCGGGCCGGUGUCACGGGUGGAGGAGGCGAGGCUGUUCCAGAUAUACUACGGGCAGGACAUCAAGGUCAUCAAGAACGCCUGGGACGGCAAGAGCUACCUCCUCACGCAGAGCACUUCCAAGAUGGCCGCCCAGGACCAGAUUGCCAAGGGAGGCUACACCAUCCUGCUGGAGCCGGAUCCGGGGGCCGAUGCGCCAUGGUUCACCAGGGGCACCGUCGAGAGGUUCGUCCGCUUAGUCAUCAUGUCGGAGGUCCUGGAGCGGGUGACGAUGAUAGAGUCCGAGAUACUGCAGCUCGAGGACGCCAUCGCCGUCCAGAGCAACAAAAAUCUAGGGCUCAAAUCUGGAGAAGGCCAUAAUGGGAAACCGGUGGACUCCUCCAUGGAAGGUACAAUAGAUACUAUUGAUUUCAUUUCAUUUCUGAAUGUUGCAUUGCGCAGUCACAAUAUCUACGAAGAAAUCUUAGGUGUCCAGACAGGUUACAAUACUGAUGGUGAUAAGGCACUUGUUCUGUACAAGGUAAGCCUGACGCACAUCCAGCAUCCGCACUACAAAAUGACGACGGAGUGCAUGAGGAGCAUUCAAACUACUUGGAUGCUGGAGAACUUGAAGGGGAUAACAUCACCUCAGGUGGCCUCUCAGUGCGUGCUCCAGGCAUAUGCAACUGGAAAUGUGCAGCUUGUCAACGGGACAGACGCAGGCAAACUCUCGCAGUUUCGCGCGCAUUUCGUGAGCACGAAUCAAGAUAAAGGUUGCAGCUUCGCAGCCUACGUACCCUCCGAAGAGGACACGCCGUUGCAGAGGGCCGAGUGGAUCAAAUACCUGGGAACGUUCAUGAACUCCGAAGACAGGGCCAAUGCAGUACAUAAUGCAGGAGUACAAGCAGACGGGCGGUCUGAACUGAUGCCAUGUUGAUAUGUCUGCAUCAUCUGUGCUACCCUUGUGGUUGGCAUCUGAGAGAAAAAAAUUGUGCACUUUGUUCUUCUCAUAAGUUACAUUUUUUAAAUUCUUCUGCUUUUUGUCCUGUUUGCACUUAGCUUCUACUAUCCCUCUUUGUUGCUCCUGGUCUGAGGGGGGUGUAGUGGGCGCGGAUAGAGAAAUGGUUUACUUGCCAAACCUUUGCAGCAUUUGCCAUUUCUUUGGAUUAGUGGUAGUGAUUUGAACCUUACCCAUGCUUCUGAUUAAUUCAUGAAGGACAAGGGAAAACAUGGUUGAAUUUCUUAAUAUGAGGCAAAAAGAGACACUCUCAUCAUUGUCAUUCUUUUAGAUUCAUGUGUUCUGUUUGACCAUGGCUGUGAUGAAAAACACUUUCAACAAACAUGCUAGUUCUGCUUCUGAAAAUUCAUGACUGAAAAACCUAUUAUACAAGAUCUGUUUAGUACUCAUGUAUUAUGGCCGUGGCUUAUUUAGUAUGUGCUUGACGUGCCUUGUGUAUUGGUGCCUAAUUAGCUUCUUUUAGGGGAUAAUCUACUGGUUAUAGCAAGAUUUUACUCUUGUGCUGUGGAAUAGAUGGUUCAUGUGUACUGCGAUGUACUAGUUGAGCUCUGCUGGCUGUACUAGUCGAACUCUGCUCCUUCUAACUCAUAUCAAUUUUGCUCCUACUACUGUACAAGUGAUGCUUGUGUGAUUGUUGAUGGACAGGAACUAGCAAACUUUGUUGUUUUGCAACUAAAUGAACGCAACUUCAGUUUGUACAUCACCCAGCUUGCUGUGGUGGCUGUCAAUGCCGGCGAGCCUACAACAUCUCCGAUGAGCUCCAGGACCUGGACACCUUAGGUA